CGCGCGAAAGGGUCCGCGUGUGCGUGAGAGCAAACGCGAGCGUGAAUCUAUGCGAGCGAGACACUCUGUAUAUCGCGCGAACCGUAUGAAUAAUCGUUAAUUAAUUCCAGGCACGGCGCGAACAAAACGACCCGCCGCCGCCGGCGAAAAAGCACAGCUCGCCUUAUAUUUCCAAUUUUUCACGCGCGUAUGUACGAGCAUAAUAAAUACCGGAUGGCGGUCGCCUUACGGUGACGCGAAGCGCAUAGCAAACGAGAACGGAGCAUUUUUUAUUUCCACGGCGAAUAUGGAAUCCCUCCCCGCCGCGCCGGGGAGGGAGAGCGGGGUUUUUAUCUGCGGCGCGGCACAACGUGAAAACGGCUCUCUAUCAUGAGCGAAACGUUUUAUCAGAUAAAGUCACGCUAUCGGUCUCGCCAGAUAAGGGAACGGUGACAGCUCGACGAUGACACACGGCGCCCGCGCUUUCGGAAAAGUACGUGCCGCUCCAGCUAUUUUUUCUCGCUCCCCAUCGGGCGUGUAAUUUUUGUCUCUAUCGCCGAGUCUCGAGUGGAAGAUAGCCAAAGUCAUGGACACGCUGUAUCCAAACCUGCACGAGCGCUUUAAGACCGAGGGCCUCUGCGGGAUCUGCCUCAUGGAAAUGGAGCUGACGCCCCGGUACUCGUGCGGCAACAGCCACACCAUGUGCUAUCGUUGCAAGCCUUACUACUACGCCUGUCCCACGUGCCAAAUGCCGUUGGACAUGGAGACCCUGUCGCCGCAGGUGGACGCUCCGUCGCCGGUGCACUUGACGCCGCACCCGAUGCCGCCGCAAGCCAUGCCGCGCCGGCGUGUCGACUACAGCCCCAGCGCACCGUCCAUGACGGAAAACUUUCUGGAGCACGAGAGGAGACCCUGGCAGCCGCCGCCGACGCCGUCGAUGGAGCAGCAGCUCAGGUCGUGCUCGUACUCUCACCUGGGCUGCUGGGUGAGAGUGCCCGAGCACCUGCAGUUUCUUCACGAGUCGAGGUGCCAGUUUCGACCGCACUUGGAGGAGGAGCAGCUGCCGACGGACCUGCGGCAUCGCCACGACGACUUGGUGGAGUGUCCGUAUGCAGCGGCGGGUUGCAAGGUCCGCACGGUGCCGUGGAGGCGCGGUAUCCACGAAAACUUUUGCAUUUACAAGGACAAGUUCCACGGCGUGAGCGACAUCAGCGAGGGUAUGGCGCGCGCGACAUUCGUCGAUGACGAUUACGUCGACAGCGAUCCCGGGCAAUUGGUGGAAUGCAAGUUCCGGCGAUACGGCUGCAUGGUGAAGAUGCCGAGGAGGCGUAAACUCGUACACGAGCAGAAAUGUAACUACAGGAGCCAUCACACGGAGACCGACGACGAGUCCAGCCAUGUCUGGGUGUUGGACCCCGAGGAGCAAGUGGAAUGCAGAUGGUCCGCGAACGGCUGUCGGAUGCGACCGAAGCGCUGUCGCAAGCAGAUACACGAGGAUAAGUGCAAUUACAAGAUGGAAGAGUGCGCCUACAAGGACUACGGCUGCGACGCCAUGUUCAUACCGGCCAGGAAAUACGCUCACGAGAGCACCUGCGCGUAUGCCAAUUGAGCCGGUGAUAACUCACUGGUAAAAUUAGUCCCAUCGGGGAUAGUCGCGGGGAUGUACACAUACGCAUUAAAAAUGGUUGCAAAAAUGUUAAAAAAAAAAAGACAGAGGAUGAGAGAAAGAAAAGAAAGGAGAAAGGAGAAAGGAGAAGAGAAAAGAAGAUAAGAUAAGAGAAGAGAAGAGAAGAGAAGAGAAGAAAGUUCUACUUUAUUUUUAUCUAGAGACGAAGAUACGUGAAAACCACUCUGGAAACAGCGAGAAGAUCGACUCGCGCAUUUCUAAUCAUUACGUUACACGGCGUCUGAGAAAGUUCAAUUCCACCUACCCUCCGUCACGACUUAAAGCACCGCUGUCAAUAAAUCGAACGGGUCCAGCGAUCCCGUAAAUCCGCAGCGAGCUGCAUCCCGGUCGAGCUCGUCGAGAUAACAACAAUUAACAACAACAAAGCGGAUCCACCGUCGAGGCGGGACGAAAGCCAUUAACAGCGAUUUCCAAGAACCCGUGGGAUAAUGCGGAAGAGGAUUAUUUGCUCUCUCUCUCUCUUUCUCUCUCUCUCUCUCUCUCUCUCUCUCUCUCUCUCUCUCUCUCUCUCUCUCUCUCUCUCUCUCUCUCUCUCUCGCUGCUCUCGAUCUCAUUCCGGCGCGAGAUAGUGAAACUUGCGCCUGUCGUUCGGGGGAUCAUCUUGAGCAUGAUCGCCGGGAAUGAGGGAGUGAUGGCGUGGCUGGGAUAUCCAACACCUGCAGGCUAAUGGUGGGCCUCCCCGUGCGCGCCGUCGCCCGACAAAACGACACCUACACGCGCUCAUAGCGCCCAUUUAUAACGCCGGCGCGUGCGAAGGAUGGGAGAGCGGGAUCCGUUCCGAUAUGCGAUUACGGGAGGUAGAUCACGCUGGUGGAUCGAAGUAUUAAUCCCAAAGUCAGUGAAACACGAUUUCGAGCGAUACCGAGCGCGCGAAUAUAAUCGCAGCCUCCGUUAAUUUGUUUGUUGACUGUCAGCCGAGAGAAUCGCGCGAUUGGAGUUCGCGGGAACGGGAGUCUACGGUGAAUUAUUAUCGAGCGCGGGAAAACACCUUCGUCUAAUUACACAAAUGCAAAAUAGUUCUCCACCGUGGUGGAAUUUAUUAUAUAUUAUCGCGAUGCGCAUAGUAAAUAAUCGCCGAGAGGAGGAGACAAUGCUACGCGUACGGACGAACACUGAGGAGUCAACAAAAAUUCAACGUUUGCGUGACAAAGGACACGCGCACGUAGGUGGAAAUCUAUUUUCUGCGCCAUGUAAAUCUGAGAAGGUCCCACGGGCACGAAGACGUACACUUUCGUCCCUACUAAAUAAAUAUCGAAUGGACCGUACCGCGGGAAACUCUUGUCCAUUCACGACGCGGCGAAAGUUUCAUCAUCUCGGACGGUCAGAGCUUUAACAUGCGGGGAUGGCCUCUGACUGAUGGACAAAGGGAUGCAGGAACUGUUUUACAUAGUAAAGACCACGAAGGACCUUCGCCUGUGACCGAUGCAUGCCUUAAAGAGGAUGCCACACCGCGUCCAAGUUCAAAGCCGCGCGAAAAGAAAGAGGAUUGGAAGAGCACCGCAGAGGAUUGUAUCCGGAUCCGGGAACGAUCGGUGUGACUCUUGUUCAAGGCGAUAUCACCCCUCGAUUCCUACCCUUUCGCUUCUUUAAUUGCAUUUCGGACUAUUCGCUGAUUUUUAAUUAAACCGACUCGCAAAGAGAUUCCGCGACUUAAAGAAGAUGUUUCAUACCGCCCCGCUUUUUGAUUCCCAACAUCCGUUAUUGUUUGAAUAUUCAAUUGAUGCGCAUAAAUCUCAUCGCGCGAUUGCACAGAAAAGAUAUUACGUGAAGUUCGAAUAUAUAAAUUCCUUUCUCAAUUUUAUAUCUCGUCGAUGGCAGCUUACGAUACAAGAGAGAAUCGCAAAAGCGCGUUUAACCCAUUUAAUGAGGUGCCGAUUUGCUCUUCUCCUCUUGUAAAUAAAUCACAGAAACGUGAUAUCGCAUUAAUAUACAAAUGCGUCAUUUCUAUGUAAAACAGCGAGAUGGAAGAAAAAGUUGACGCCGGAAAACAGGAGAGAUUAUUGGACGAAAGUUAAUGGCUUUUUUUCAUCAGACCUUCCCUGCAUAAAUUAAUAAGCCGAUCAGAGUUAGAUGAUGAAAGAUAAGAAGGCGGCUGCUCGUUGUAUUUAAGAAGUUCAUUGGUAGGCAGAAUAUACACAGACGAGCUACGACUCGCUGGUGGUGGGGUUGAGUAAAGGGACAGAGGGAGAGGAUGCGAGUAAAUUGCACCCCUGGGGACAAACCUGACGAGUAGCACGAAGGACGCAACAAGCCAGAAGUCAGGCAACUUUAAUUAAGACAACGUUGCAGACUAGAUGUAGACACGGAGUUUUGUAUAAGAAACUCGGACUUGCGAAAUUUCUUUGUUACUUGUGAAUAGCGAGACGCGUUACACGUGAACAAAGAAAGAAACGUAAAGCGUUACCGUUGUCGCACAAAGGAUUUAGUUAUCCAUUUAUGCAGAAGACGGUCUCUCUUAAGCAAAAUGUGAAAAAUGGAAGGAGGAAAUAUCGGUUAAACGUUCCAUUUCUGUCUUUAAUCACACACUGUUACGCAACCAAUCUCCUGUUGAA